CUAAGGCGAAAUCCGUGAUGCUGCUGCUGCUGCUGCUGCUGAAAUCGCUGCACUCGCCGUAGAGAGUCUACAAUCCGAGCCGGACAGGGACGAAGCCAAAGAAAGACGGGACAAAUGUAAAGUAAAUCCUCACGACAUGACUGGGCGUAUUGAAGAUAAGAGGUUUUUGCGCUAAAGAAUUUGAGAGUUGAACAGUCUAGGUUGUUAAUGUGCUAGCUUUAAACUUGCAGGUGUCUCCCGACAGGCGUCGCACCGACAUGCCGCUGUGUGCUCGCUGAGAUUAGCCGAUCCCACCGACUAGCAGGAUGCUUCAGUAAUCCAUCCAUCCUUCCAUCCAUCCAUCCAUGCGGAUGUUGUUUAUUUUCACACACGCAAUAAUAAUGUACGCAGCUACACAUGCUCUCUUGCAUUAUAUCCCUUUAGGUGAUUGACAUUAACAUCCUCUGUCAUGAUGAGUGAAUGUCAGGUUGGAGUAUCUGCAGAGGCUGAGAGGAAAGUCCACUCUGACACUGACACUUCUCUUCUGCAGAAUGCAAUGGGUCCUGUUUUGAUCUUGUAUUUUGUGUGUGAAAUGUUUAUUACUCAUACUGUAAGCCAUAACUACUGUCAGUUCAGGUGUUCUGGUGCCUUGAGCUUGGCAUUAAUCUGACCUGAAUGGAACCUAAGCCAUUUAAAACGAGUUUACAUAACCCGCUGAUUGGGGAUAAGAGUGUCUGAGUUUACUACUUGUUAAAACUUCUCCAUCCACUGGUCCAGAUGAUUUCUACAGGGCUGCAUUAAUGUUGUUUGAGAGUAAAAGUGAGUACAGCGCGAACCCGUCCACCCGGGACCAACCAGCACCGCUGCGCCUUUAAUAUUUCCUGGAGCUGGGAUUGGUUUCCACUUUAAAUCUCCUCUUAUCAACUUAUGACCCAGGAGGCUUCUCUGUCCGGACGCUCACAGCUCAAAGGAAACGCCUUAUGGAUGCAGCGAUCGAGUGCAUUUGUGCAGAACAAAGGUCCUGCACCGAAGUCACUUCUUUUAUGAACUAGGACUUUUGGCGUGACGUGUUCCUCGCCUAAGAGUAGAGACAAGAUGGACUGCUCCGUUUAAAAUGCUUUACUCGAAACCCCUCCUAGCUGGAUAUUCCUGCAUGCCGGUGUACAAAUUCAUCGCAGUCAAAGCAGACACACACGGAGUCACUCUGCGCUGAUGGAGCUCAAGUUCUCGUGGACGUGAUGACGACGACGACCGUCUCGAAUCUAUUGGAUUUCAAAUGUGCAAGCUGAGCUAAAUGCCAUCUAACGUGGCUGCACGAGCGCUGCUGCGAAACUGGCCGAUAACUCAGUACUUUAAGGCUUUGCAACUGGCCCAAGACUUCCAAAGCCAUCAAACCAAUGAAGGGGAAACGUACGUGUUACAGGUUCACCCGGAUAUAAAGAAGAAAGCAUGCCUUUAAGAAAAAGAGAUACGGCCCGAGCGUUAGGGCUGCUGGAGGAUUACUGUUCCAAACUGAAGAAGCCAGAGGAGCAGCAGCUCAAAGCUGCCGUCCUGCGCGUGAUGGGCAUCUUCAGAAGCAGCCUCUUUCAGGCGCUCAUAGAUAUUCAGGAGUUUUAUGAGGUGACCCUGUUGAACUCUCAGAAGAGCUGUGAGCAGAAACUGGAGGAGGUGAAGCACAUGGCAGAACAGUGCGAGAGCUCGUCCGCCAGCCCUGGCUUCCCGAACACACACCCACGGCCUGCUUGCGUACAGCCGGAGGUGAUAGAGAAAAGCCAUGCGGAGGAGCCUGUAGCUGACAGCAACGCGAGUGCGGAGAACAGGCCGGCUGCAGUUCAGGGCUCCCAGCAGCAGACCCACACCCCGGCCUGUUUGAACCCCAGCCCGAACCCGGCCUUGAUGAACUCGCCCUGGUAUCAUUAUCAGGAUGACGAGUCACCACCGGAGCACAGUUACCCCAGGUUGACCGGCGAGGUGCGAGCGCCAGAGCUGGUGCACGUAUCUGAGAGGAACCUGUCGGAGAUUGAGAACGUGCAUGGCUACGUCUCACACUCACACAUCUCGCCGCUGAAGGCAAGCCCAGCACCAAUUAUAGUCAACACAGACACUCUGGAGUCGGUACCGUAUGUCAAUGGGACAGAAAUUGAAUAUGAAUUCGAAGAAAUUACGCUAGAGCGGGGUAACUCAGGGCUGGGGUUUAGUAUAGCAGGUGGGACAGAUAAUCCACACAUUGGAGACGAUCCUGGAAUUUUCAUCACCAAGAUCAUCCCAGGUGGUGCAGCGGCCGAGGACGGCAGGCUCAGGGUGAAUGACUGUAUCCUGCGUGUGAAUGAAGUAGACGUGUCCGAGGUUUCCCACAGCAGGGCCGUGGAGGCGCUGAAGGUGGCUGGCUCUAUCGUUCGACUCUACGUACGCAGAAGAAGACCCAUGCUGGAGACCAUCGUCGAGAUCAAACUCAUCAAAGGACCAAAAGCAAGAGGGAAUUACCCAGUUUCAACGGAACUUUACCAAGGGCUGGGGUUCAGUAUUGCAGGUGGAGUGGGUAACCAGCACAUUCCGGGAGAUAACAGCAUCUACGUCACUAAGAUAAUUGAUGGCGGAGCAGCGCAGAAAGAUGGCAGGUUGCAGGUUGGAGACAGGCUCCUCAUGGUUAAUAACUACACUCUGGAGGAGGUGACCCAUGAGGAGGCAGUAGCCAUACUGAAGAACACAUCAGAUGUUGUGUAUUUGAAGGUGGGAAAGCCCACUAGUGUUUACCUUUCAGAUCCCUAUGGGCCUCCCGAUAUUACCCACUCAUUUUCCCCUGCUAUGGAUAAUCAUAUCUCUGGUAAUAACGGGACUCUGGAGUAUAAGUCCAGUCUUCCCCCCAUCUCCCCUGGACGCUACUCACCCCUGCCGCGCCACCUGCUGGGGGAGGAAGACAUUAACAGGUUGGAUGGCUUUUCAUUCUUACGAAAUCCCUCCUUAGAUGACGGGGAGGGCCACAGGUAUGAGUCUCAGCACUUCCAGUUGAGGCCUCCAGAGCCAGUUUACAGCACUGUGAAUAAACUGUGUGAUCGUGCUCCCUCUCCCCGUCACUACUCCCCGGUGGAGUUUGAUAAAAGCCCACUGCACUCCGUCCCUUUCCCCCACUACCAUGUAGGUGUGCUCCCCGACUCCGACAUUACCAGGGAACCGAGGAAGAUCGUGCUACAUAAGGGCUCCACCGGACUGGGCUUUAACAUCGUAGGAGGUGAAGAUGGCGAGGGAAUCUUCGUGUCCUUUAUCCUGGCAGGAGGACCGGCUGACCUGAGCGGGGAGCUGAGAAGAGGAGACCAGAUUCUGUCUGUAAAUGGCAUUGAUUUGCGAGGAGCUACACAUGAACAGGCUGCGGCUGCGCUCAAGGGGGCGGGUCAGACGGUGGCCAUCGUUGCCCAAUACCGGCCUGAAGAGCUUGCGCUGUGCUCUCCACGUCGGGCCGCGCCUCCAGCUACAGAGUACGGGCGCUUUGAGGCCAAGAUUCAUGACCUGAGGGAGCAGAUGAUGAACCACAGUAUGAGCUCUGGAUCAGGAUCCCUCCGAACCAAUCAGAAACGCUCCCUUUAUGUCAGGGCCCUGUUCGACUAUGACCGGUUGAAGGACAGCGGUUUGCCCAGUCAGGGUCUUAGCUUCCGUUAUGGAGACAUCCUGCAUGUGAUUAAUGCGUCAGAUGAUGAAUGGUGGCAGGCGAGAAGAGUCACUCCGGACGGAGACAGCGAGGAGAUGGGGGUCAUCCCCAGCAAGAGGAGGGUGGAGAGAAAAGAGCGAGCUCGGCUGAAGACAGUCAAAUUCAAUGCAAAGCCUGGCAGCAUUGACUCUAAAGGGUCAUUCAGUGAAAAACGUAGAAAGAACUCCAUCUUUUCACGAAAGUUCCCUUUCUACAAGAACAAGAUGCUGGAUGAGCAAGACGGCAGCGACUCGGAACGGAGCCAAGAGGAUGUGAUCCUCUCCUACGAGCCUGUGAUUCGACAAGAAAUCAACUAUGCCAGACCUGUGAUUAUUCUGGGGCCCAUGAAAGACAGAAUCAAUGAUGAUCUCAUCUCUGAAUUCCCAGACAAGUUUGGCUCAUGUGUGCCACCGGAUAACAGUUCAGGGCAAACAGAUACUACAAGAGCAAAGAGAGAAUAUGAAGUUGAUGGGCGAGAUUACCACUUCGUCACCUCACGAGAGCAGAUGGAGAAGGAUAUACAAGAGCACAAGUUCAUUGAGGCCGGACAGUACAAUGACAACCUGUAUGGGACCAGCGUUCAGUCAGUUAGAUACGUGGCUGAGAGGGGAAAGCACUGCAUACUUGACGUAUCAGGAAAUGCCAUAAAAAGGCUACAAGUAGCACAACUCUACCCCAUUGCCAUCUUUAUAAAGCCUAAAUCCAUCGAAUCAUUAAUGGAGAUGAACAAGAGGUUGACGGAAGAGCAGGCCAAGAAGACAUAUGACCGGGCCAUGAAGCUGGAACAGGAGUUUGGCGAGUACUUUACAGCACUGGUGCAAGUAGACACGCUGGAGGAUAUUUACACUCAGUGUAAGAUGGUAAUAGAGGAGCAGUCAGGACCUUAUAUCUGGAUUCCCUCCAAAGAGAAGCUAUAAGGAACAAACUCCCCUGCCAGGGACCUCUGGACUGCAAAAAAAAAAAAAGAAAAAAGGGAAAAAAAAAAACAAGAAAAAAACAUAGGCAUCAUUUGUAACAUAUGAUAAAUUAUUAUGGUAAUGUUUCUUACUCAUAAUUCUAGUGAAUAUAAUUUCAUUUGUUUGUUUGUUGUUUGUUUGUUUAUCUGUUCUGUUGCAAAUUUUUUUCACUUUCAAUAUGAAUGUUUCUGAAUGUACACCACAAAGUGUUGGAGACAUUUUUUGACCUCGAAAAAAGGGACUGUUUGUAUAUAUAUAUAUAUAUUGGAUAGUAUUUUUCAUUAAGAGAAAAAAAAUGAUCACACGCAUCAAAAUGUACACUGGCCGUUUUCUUUCAUGUUAAUCCCCGUUGGAGUUUGAACAGGAAGGACGGAGCAGACAGGGUCAGGACUCUGGAAGAUGGAUGAUCUUCACACCACCACCGUCAUCGUAAAUGAUAUCGGUUUUGUUCGCUUCAUGUCCGGCCUCUGUCCUGCAGGACCCUUCUCCCCACCGUCAGCUCUCUCUCUGCAGCGCUCUACAUCUCGCCCAAUUCGGAUCUAUGCAUUCCACUUCUCCGUAUUUGUACAUCGAUUUUCCUAUUUAUUUUUGUUUCAUGUCAUCCCCUUUAUUUUUGUGAUUUCUUGAAGAUUUCUAUUGUACACGUAGCUAUGGAACGAUGCUUUAAUUUGUGUGAACUGUAAAAAAAGGGAUACAGCUCGGUAUAGGCACUAUAUAUGACACUAUAUUUUGCUAUUUAUAUUGAUAUAGGGCACAACAGAAAACAGAACAGAACUUAUUUAUAAGAUAUGUAUAACUUUGUUUUAAAAAGUUAAACACUUUUGAAAAAGAUUUUAUUGGUGUAAGAUACAGCUGAGUCAGCAGAAGUAGAAACAGUUGGGGUGUUGUGCAUCCUGUGAAAAUUAGUCUUCAUUAAGGAAGUGUGUGUGUGUGUGUGUGUGUGUGUGUGUGUGUGUGUGUGUGUGUGUGUGUGUGUGUUGGUGGGAGUGUGUGUGUGUUGGUGGGAGUGUGGGUGGGUGUGUGUGUGUGCUGGGUGUGUGUGUGUGUGUGUGUGUGUGUGUUGGGUGUGUGUGUGUGUGUGUGUGUGUGUAGGAGGGUUGGUGGGUGUGUGGGUGGGAGUGUGUGCGUGUGGGAGUGUGUGUGUUGGUGUGUUUGUAUGUUGGGUGUGUGUGUGUGUGGGUGGGAGUGUGUGCGUGUGGGAGUGUGUCUGUUGGCGGGUGGAUGGAUGUGUUUGUGUGUUGGGUGUGUGUGUGUGUGUGUGUGUGGGUGGGAGUGUGUGCGUGUGGGAGUGUGUGUGUUGGUGGGUGGGUGGAUGUGUUUGUGUGUUGGGUGUGUGUGUGUGUGUGUGUGUGUGUGUGUGUGUGUGUAGGUGGGUGGGUGGGUGUGUAGGUGGGAGUGUGUGCGUGUGGGAGUGUAUCUGUUGGCAGGUGGGUGGAUGUGUUUGUGUGUUGGGUGGGUGUGUGUGUGUGUGUGUGUGUGUGUGUGUGUGUGUG